CUCCCUUCUUCCUCUGCCACCAUCCCUCCUCUCUGCGCAAGAGCCAGCACUGGAGGACAGAGGUGCUGUAUCAUGUCCAGGUAGGACACCACCAGCGUGAACAUCAUCCCAAGGUGAUCACCCCCAGGCACUGAGCUGUCCUGCUCUUGUGGCUCCUAUUUCACUCAGGAGCAAGGAAAAGGCAAAGAAGACCUAGGACUGCCUCCCUUGUGCUUGGCGUCCAGACCACCUGCAGCACUCACAGGGAUGGAUUCCAAGGGUAACAUCCGAAGUGGAAACAAACCCGAUGCCAAAGCCCCCAGCUCUGGAAAGCCAGAAAAGCCCAGCCCUGGGCCUGCUACGAAUGCAGACAAGAAGGAUACCCCCAAAGAACAGCCUAAUCCUGCCACUGCUCCCAAGAAGGCGGGCAGCGAUGCUGCUGUUGUGAACAACCACAGCAACCUGAAACCCAGUGCAGCCGCCACGGAGACACAAGAGGCCACUGGCCAGUCCCCUGACUCUGACCACAAGGGAAAUGGCUCCGAGGAGUCACCAGGCAGCAUCUUUGACAACGUGAAGCCCUUGAUCAUCGUUGGAGGAGUGGCGGUGGCGGCGCUGGCGGUGAUUGUGGGAGUGGCGUUCCUCGCCCGGAAAAAAUGAAGACCAAGACAGGGUGGGCUGAGAAACCCAGCCUGGCUGUACAGCUCCUUUUGAGACAAAUGCAUGCACACAAAUUCUAUACAUAUCUAUAUAGAGAGAGCGAGCUAGAUAGGUCAAUGUCAAACACCAACUGCAACUCCAAGGGUCUUCUUCAAGACCACUGUGCCAGUUUGACCCGAUGUGGGUAACUCCAUGCACUCAGUGUGUUCUUUUCAUGUAAUAUACCUUGGCUUAUACCACUGUGUAUAGAUUACAGCUUCUCCUGAUUGGUGUAAAUGACGGUGUCCCCUCCCCUCCCCUGCUGUCCUCCCUGGGAGCCACCCCCACUUCUCCUGCAGUCCCCUGUUUUCAAGUCCAAAGUGUUCUUCGUCCCAUCCAGAGUCCCUGCUUUGUGUUUUGGUUUUUCUGUUCAGUUUGUUUUGAGGGAAGAGAUGGAGCCUAGUGAGAAGACCCAGUUCACUUGUCCCUAUGUGGGGGGCAAAGUGUGGUUUCUUUGUGCUAAUUUCUUGGGGCUUUGGAUAAGUCUGUUCAGCUGGUAUUUUUCCACUGAAGCUAUGGCAUUUCUGUACAUGAGAAGGUAGGGAAAAAGGGAAACACAGGCUGGUUUCAGGGGUGGACAGGAGCUGGGAUCCCAUGAAAAAUAACACUGACCUGCAUCAUGCCAGGCAAACCCUGAUCAAGGUCACUGGAAAGAUCCAUCUGUCCUAGAGUGAUUCCUCGCCUGUGACAGUAGCAGGGAUUUGUGACUCCUCCACAUCUUGGAAAUGGAAACAAAUUCCCAGCACUGGGGAGCAGCCUGGUUUUACUGGUGAGUACCUCAGGUCUAAAGCCAGACCUUCUAAGAAGGAAAAGGAAGGCAGGCAAUGAGAGGAUUCAGGGCCUUGGCAGAUGCCCUUCCCCUGACACCAAGAAGUGGGUCACUUUAUCUUGCACUGUCUUUUUCACUUGGGUCAGAGCUCAGAUGAUGUCAGAGAUUAGAUGAGGUCAGAACCACAGACUCCCUGGAGCUCAACAGAAGUUGCAGCCAAUGGGGUUUUCGAGUAAUACUUAGAAAGACCAUGAGAUGGUGGGGUGAGUUCAGUAGAAAUCAGUUGAAGAGCCAUUGUGAUGUGUCUUUGAGCCUAGAUGUGCACAUUCAGUGUGUACUAGGACAGAGAAAGGCAUGUGUUCCCUGGGUGCUGUCUUUGCAGUACCAGCUUCCGGCAAAAUUACUAGACAGGAUGGCAGAUGUGUAUGACCCUGGUAAUUCUCUUGGCUCAUGUCUCCUUAAUUUACCUCCAAAUUUGUUUGGCUGAACGCAUACAGCUUCUUCAGACAAAAAGCCUUUUCAAUAUAGCAUGGCCACUCCUAUGGUCACCCUCUUUUCCCCAAGGCUCAUAAAAUAUUCCCAAGGCACAGAACCUCUGGGAGUAUCAGAUGCUGUCUUCUGAUGAACAACAGGCUGCUUUCAGCAUGAGUUUAAUGUCUACCUCUACCUUCACCAGUACAGAGAGGAGAUGUAUGUGUUGAGU